AUGGCGAUACCAACUCUCGACAUCGCUGGCGUGGUCGGCACUUGGGUUGCCGCCGGCCUUGCCGUCAUCGCCUUGUUCGGUGUCGUUGGGCCUAUCCUGGUUUUGCCUCGGAAGUUCAAGGAUAAGGAGUGGAUCGAAUUCGACUCGAAACAGAUGAAACCUGACAAUAGCAAAGGAUUGGAGUCAUCUGCAUCUUGGGUAUCUUUUGGAGCGUUUCUGGAAGGUUACGCCGUCGAAUCUGAGGCGAACAGCGACAUUGCGGUCAGCAGUAGUUUGGCCUUUUUACCCGUUAGCAAAGCGUUCCUGAUGACUUUUGCUCUUGUGGGGCGUUUUUCUGACGAGCCAAAUAGAAGGCGCAAGAUCAAAGGAGAUGGGGCUAGGACGUGGGAUAGACGCAAUGUCAGAAGAUACAUAAAGUAUGAUUUCGAGCUCGGGCCACGACACGGUCGUCGACUGAUCACAGAACUUCAUGAUUUGACUGGAACUUUGAGUUUCCAGAUGCUGGAUGAGGAUAAUCUUGAACCUGUUGCUGGCGAGGUUGUCAAAUCGUCAUGGUCGGUUGCCUUUGACGGGGAGUCCACCCUGGAGCCGCUUGAGAUUCCUCCGAACCCCAUCAGUCUUGAGGACAUUGCUAUGCUGUCUUUGGGCUUUCUACCCUUUUGUGGAGACAAUUAUAUCAACUUUCUUGACCCAUUAGAAGACGACGAUGGCAGGGGCGAGGAUCGUGAUACCGACGAGACCAAUCAGGUUGCAAAAGGAUAUACGAGAUACACAAGAAUAGUCUCAGGCACAAGGAGAAUAGAAAGGGAUGACGGAGACCAUGAUGACGUUUCAGACCAUCUUCGGCCAGUAGGCAGGGCAAAAACGCCCGCACGCUUCAAGUCCAUCAUCGAUCCGAACGAGCCACCAAUCACGGUCAUUGCAUAUCAGCUACGGGACAUCAUCUUGGUUGAAGCGAAAAUCUUAGCACAUUUGCCCCUACAAGAAAAUGCUAAUUCAAAUGUCCUCGUCACAACAAAGCCAUUGAUGGCAGUUCCCGAUGGUCUCCUAAAGCAGACAGCUGCUGAGGAAAGCACGACAAAAGGGUUGCAGAAUGCCGAAUAUUCGUAUGCAAGCCCUGCCACAGUUUCGAGUAUCAUAGGAGGACUGAUUGGCUUUGCCCCGAUCACUUCACCGAAUGACAUCAUAGCUCAGGUUGCCAUACGCGCAAAAGCCAUUGCAAACGAUUACGAACCCAUCUGGUUCGUCAACUUCCCGCCCAGCCUUCCAUCUUCGGAAAAGGUUGUCUUAGAGGAAUACAUGCAGGAAGUCUUGCAUUUUCGAAGCUGGUCUAGCUUGAAGUGGUGGGCAGAAGUGUUUACCAAGAUACCCUCCAACGGAGAUGUAACGGUUCAGAUCCAACAGAGCAGCGAGUUCGCCAGGAUAGCUUACAGAGAUAUGAUAGACAUGCCUUGGUGA